GCGAAAGAGAGCCGAUGGAAGAUGUUACAAAAGUGCGAUACGCCUGUGGUUUUCGUUUUGUAGCUCAGAGCUCUUUGUUGCUACUUAGGUUGUUUCCCCUGAGACUGUUUAGAUUUUUUGUUUUGUUUUGUUUUAGCAGAUUAGCGUGUAAUUAAGUCCUAACGUUAUUAUAGACGGGAUUAUUUUUUUUCUUGGACUGUUUACAGUUGUGGGACUGCUGUCACGGAUGUGACGACAUUCUUGUUGGGCGUUGAAUGUAAACUCAAAACAAAGCUAGAGAAACUGAGUAUUAAAUGCAACAUUACAGAUUUCUGAGGAUGAGGACCUUUCUUCUAUUUGUCAAUAAACAGUGAAGUGACUUCUCUCGAAUAUGGCUGUGUGAAGGAAUUCCCCCGAUUAUGGAUGUGUGAAGGAAUUGACUAAGACUGUUCGCCAGGGUUUGGUUCUCUGCCUUUUCUUCCGUUUUGACUGUUGCAAACCGACUAUUCAAAUGGAUUUGGAAAGUCAAGAACAAAGCAGUGAAGCCCAUACCUUGAUGAAACAGCUUAACCUUCACUUGGAACGUGAAUCAAAGUUUCUGCCUAAAGAAAAUGGUCUUAACCUGAUAGAGGCUGCAGUAGAGAGUGAAAAUAGUGUAUGCUCCAGACUGAGAGAUGCAGUAGUAGAAGACCUUUGGAGUCUGACGAACUUUUUUGGGUUCAGUACCAAGACCUUUGUACGGGCCGUCAACCUGCUGGACAGGUUCUUGUCAUUGAUGAAGGUAAGACCCAAAUAUUUGUCCUGCGUUGGAAUUGGUUGCUUUCAUUUAGCUGCCAAAGUGACUGAAGAAGAGUGUGAUAUUCCUUCCACGCAUGAUAUUAUUCGCAUAAGUCAGUGCCGAUGCUCACUGUCUGAUUUGAAGAGAAUGGAGAAGAUCAUUUCUGAGAAACUGCAUUUUGAAUUUAAAGCUACAACUGCCUUAACAUUUCUGCACUUAUUUUACUCUAUUACUGUUUGUCAUGUUUCUGAAAGUAAUAGGAAAGACGUUUUUGGUUUUCUCAGUCUUGACAAGCUGGAAGCGCAGCUUAAAGCUUGCAGCUGCCGUCUAAUGUUUUCUAAAGCUAAACCAUCUGUUUUGGCUUUGUCUCUUCUGAUACUAGAGAUGGAGGCCUUAAAGCUGAUUGAACUGGUAGAAGUAGCACUUAGAGUUCAACACUACUCAAAGAUACCUGAUUCAGAUUUGUUAUACUGGAGGGAGCUGGUUGCAAAAUGCUUGGCUGAAUAUUCUUCCACUGAAUGCUGCAAGCCUGAUAAUAAGAAGCUGUUGUGGAUCGUUUCAAGUCGAACUGCUCAAAAUUUACAGAACUGUACGUUCAACAUUCCUGUGCUGCCAACUAUACCAGAGGGGAGCUGUUUUGAAGAAAGUGAAGGUGAGGACUGCUAUGAAGACGACAGCCUGAGUGGUUCCCCAGCUAUCAACAGAGGGAGUUUUUUUCCUGAAGAUCAUUCAUUUACAAAUGGAGUACCUUUUGUCUUUCAGUACUGAAAGGACAAAGUUUUUUUUUUUUUUUUUUUUUUAAUUUAUGUGUAGCACUUGCCAGUCCAGAUCACCAUGCACUAAUUUACAAAGCUAUUUGAAGACUUUCUACAGGUUUUGAAGAGGCUGAGUUAAAUAGCUUUGAGGGAAGUUGGACAUCUUCAUUUUCUAGAAGUUCAGUUUAUUGGUUAAAAGGGUACAAAAUUGUUAAAUCAGAAGUAGGCAUAACGGUGUCUUCACUGAACUUAAAUUUGAUAUUUUAAAACAUUCCAUGUUUUUUUUUUUUUUUUUUUUUUUUUUUUUGGUGAGAGAAGAGAAAAGUCACUUUAUUUCCUGUUUAAAAGCCUUAUCUUUUAUUUGCUAAUUUCUGUUGCAAGUUAAUGUUAGCAUACUGAGUUGAAUUGAAAGUACCAAAGUUUAUAGCGACACUGUUGUAAAAUAUGCAGAAUGUGUCUCAGUAGCUGCAUUUUAUUUGGCAUGCAAUGUUUUCUCUUAUUUUUUGCAUUGGCAUUUAUCAGUAGCACAACAGUUGAGGGCUAUUAGUUAAAGUACACAUUCCAGAACUAUUAAAGCACAAAGCAUACCUCAGAUUGCAGUCAGUAUUAUACAGAGCUGUUGCUAAAUGACUUCCUUCAGAUUUUUUUUUAGGCUUCUAGUAAAUGGAGUGUAUUUGGAUUUAAAUGGUCCAAGCCACCUGAACUUUAUUGCAUAUUUCAUUUGUAUAACUCCUGGUACAUUUACUUUUGUCUUUUUAAAAGUUGGUGCUAGAUGAUGCACAAAGUUCUAGAAAUGGCACUGACUGCAAAGUAUCUAACAGUUUAUAUAGCUUUACUAUAUAUUAGUGUUAUUGUUCAGGUACUAAAAUUGUAUAUACCAUUAGUGCAGCUGUAUCCAAUGUUUGUCAGCAAAAUGACUUGUGCCGAGUGAUGCAGUUCUGAGAUGAGAAUGUAAGUUUGUUAGUAACUGUGAACCUUGCUAAAAAUUGUCAUUUGAUCUUUUCAAAUUGUACAAUUUGUAAUGCUAAAAUGUGUACAGAAGGUUUAAGUGCACAGAAGUAAAAUUAAAAAAAAAAGGUACACUUGUAUUCUCAGGACAUUUACAGUGUUUCUGAGGUUGCUUAAGAGUUGAUAGAGCAGCACAGUUCUGACCCACUGUUGCAGCUUUGGAUAGAAUCCAGAACUGCAGGAAAAAGAUAUUGGUUGCAGUACAUCAGUGCCAUGUAGACGGGCAUAUUCCAGUUCAGAAUUCCUCCAGGUGUUAAAAGUUCUCUGAUUCACUUUGUCUCUUGUCAGUUAUACUGACACUGUUCAUUCUUUGUUUAUGUUGUACAUUGUAAAUGUUAACUUAUUAUUUGUAGAUUGUAUUGUUACAGUUUUGUUUUAAAUUUUGUAUUUGUAAAAAAAAUAAUACAUUUUUAUUACAACUUUUUGUAGUACAAGUCUUUUCUUUUGCUCUGUGGAAGGAAGAGGUGGUUUGUCAGUGGGGCAUGCAUUAAAGAAUACAAGAG